CCGCUCGCCUGCAGGCGUUCCCCUCUGCGCCUGUCAUAUGAUCAGCUUCCCGUUUGUUUGUAUUCAUGCAGCAAGCUAACCGCUUCCCACUAUGAAACCUCCUCGUCUGUAUUCAAACUAAACCUGUAAUCCACACCGAUCCCACCUCAAUCACUCAAACAGAGCCAACAGAGUCCACACAGACAGAUCAGAGGGAUUCAAAGCUUUAAAAACGGGGUUAUAAUGUCGAUCGAGUACGAGGAGCAGCUAGCCGGAAGCCUGGUGGACUCUUUCCCUAAAGAUUUCGGCUACGGCGUGGAAAACAUGGAUAUGAUGCAGGAAGAUCUGGAAAACUCGCCGUCUGCAGACAGUAAACCCAGAAUCCUGCUGAUGGGACUGAGGCGCAGCGGGAAAUCCUCCAUCCAGAAGGUGGUGUUUCAUAAGAUGUCCCCAAACGAGACGCUCUUCCUGGAGAGCACCAACAAGAUCUACAAGGAUGAUAUCUCUGGCAGUUCCUUCGUAAACUUUCACAUAUGGGACUUUCCUGGGCAGGUGGACUUUUUCGACCCUACAUUCGAUUACGAGAUGAUUUUCAGGGGCACCGGCGCGUUGAUUUUCGUCAUCGAUGCUCAGGAUGACUAUGUAGAAGCAUUAGGCCGGCUACAUCUGACGGUGUCGAGGGCGUUCAGGGUGAACCCGGAGAUCAAUUUUGAGGUGUUUAUACACAAGGUGGACGGUUUAUCAGACGAUCAUAAGAUAGAGACGCAGAGAGACAUUCAUCAGAGGGCUAAUGAUGAUCUAGCUGACGCCAGUCUGGAAAAGCUUCACCUCAGUUUCUAUCUCACCAGCAUCUAUGAUCACUCCAUAUUUGAGGCCUUCAGUAAGGUGGUCCAGAAACUCAUCCCUCAACUGCCCACUCUGGAAAACCUCCUCAACAUAUUCAUUUCUAAUUCUGGGAUUGAGAAAGCGUUCCUGUUCGAUGUGGUCAGUAAGAUCUACAUCGCCACGGACAGCUCUCCAGUGGACAUGCAGUCAUACGAGCUCUGCUGUGAUAUGAUCGAUGUCGUCAUUGACGUCUCAUGUAUUUAUGGCCUAAAAGACGACAGCAACAGUAACGCUUAUGAUAAAGAGUCUCUGGCCAUCAUAAAGCUGAACAACACCACAGUGCUUUACCUGAAGGAGGUCACCAAGUUCCUGGCUCUGGUCUGCAUCCUGAGAGAAGAGAGCUUUGAGAGAAAAGGUUUGAUAGACUACAACUUCCACUGCUUUCGAAAGGCCAUCCACGAGGUAUUCGAGGUGAGCAGCUCUACCCAGAGGACAGGAGCGGCGGUGCACUCCAGCCACCCCAGCAGCAGCGGUAACGGCCUGGCCCGACUCAAAUCCACAGCGCUGAACGGUACACCCAGGAGCCUGGUUUAACCCAGGACACACGGACUUCUAAGAACACAGGGCCUUCACACUAGUGCGCUGAACGUGCGCUAACGUACACGUGAGAUUACUGGAGCGUUUCUCUACUUCUACCUGCUGUUCCAGGACCUGAGAGACUCAACAGGACACUCAUACAGGACAGACUACAUUGCUGCUUUUUUAUGAUAUUUUGAUGUGUGUGUGUGUGUGUGUGUGUGUGUGUGAGUGAGAGAGUGAGAUUGUGUGCAGAUGCAGCAUCAGCUGUUAUAAUGGGGGAAAUGGGAAAACUUUAGCCAACAGAAUGAGGCACAAUGAAAUAAUUAAAUAGUAAAUAUAGUCUCAAAACUCAUUAUGUAUUUAUGGUGGCCAAAAGUACUGUCUAGGUAGAGUGCUCAUUAAGUUUUGAGACACAUUCCACCUUUCAGAAGUUCGAGGGUGAAUUUUAAAAAAAAAAAAAAAAAACAUGUUCAA